AUGUACUCAUUGUGUGCAAGACUGCUGCUGGCCCUGGGCGUCGUCCUAAGCACCCUCGAUCUGGUUCAGGCAGAUAAUCCGAUCAUCCAAUCCAUCUACACUGCCGACCCUGCUCCCAUUGUAGUCGGCGAUAGAGUCUAUCUCCUCGCUGAUCACGAUGAAGAUGGUUCGACAACUUAUAACAUGAAGGACUGGCGUCUCUUUUCCACUGCAGUCAGUACAAGCCCUACGACCUACGACCUACGACAAGUUUCGCUAACAUUCUUACAANNGGAUAUGGCGAACUGGCAAGAUCACGGUGUCAUUGCUUCCAUAGCUACUACAUUCCCAUGGGCCGACUUGAAUGCCUGGGCGGGUCAGAUCAUCGCCCGCAACAACAAGUACUACAUGUAUCUCCCUAUGCGUCGCCGUGGAGGCAACAUGGCUAUUGGUGUUGCAGUUGCGGACUCCAUUACUGGGCCCUGGAAAGACGCAAUCGGCAAACCACUUCUGGAGAAUGGCCGUAUUGACCCUACUGUUUGGAUUGAUGAUAACGGCCAAGCUUACCUUUACUUUGCCAACCCGGGCUUGUUCUACGUCAAACUCAAUGCUGACAUGGUGUCUUAUUCUGGCAGCAUUUUUCAGGUCCCUACAAGCAUCGCUACCUUUGGCAGUGGACGCGAACCGGAUGGCACUACUUUCGCUGAAGGUCCUUGGAUCUACAAGCGCAACAACCUGUACUACUUGGUGUAUGCUGCCAACUGCUGUUCUGAAGAUAUAAGAUACUCUACUGGUCCUUCAAUCACGGGUCCUUGGACUUAUCGUGGUGUUGUUAUGGCAUCGGCAGGAAAGUCCUUUACCAAUCACCCAGCCGUCAUUGACUUCAAGGGCAAGUCCUACUUUUUCUACCACAACGGUGCUUUACCCGGCGGCAGCGGCUACACGCGCUCUAUCGCGGUGGAGCCUUUCACUUACAACUCGGAUGGCUCAAUACCGCUUCUCACCAUGACCAACGCGGGUGCCCCGCAGGUCGGAACCCUGAACCCGUACACUCGUGUUGAAGCCGAAACCAUGGCAUUCUCCUCCGGCGUCCAAACUCAACCUACGAGUGACGGUGGACUCGCAAUCAUCAACAUCGAAAACGGUGACUAUGUCAAGGUUGAGGGUGUCGCUUUUGGCAAAGGGGCAAAGACCUUCUCUGCUCGUGUCGCUUCGGCCACUAGUGGUGGGAAAAUUGAGCUUCGUGUGGGCACUGCCACUGGCACUGUGGUAGGCACUUGUACUGUACCUGGCACAAACGGAUGGCAGACAUGGCAGAUGGUUUCGUGUGCUAUCAGUGGGGCGACUGGGACCAAAGAUCUUUACUUGAAGUUCACUGGCGGCAGCGGAUACCUGUUCAAUGUCGACUAUUGGCAAUUUGCCUAG